AUGAAAUAUUUUACCAAUUUUUCGAGUAACAAGAUUUUCGUUGCAAAAUUGGCACUUUACUUAUUCAAGUUAUCAGGUGUAGCGACCGUGAACUGUAAAAUCGAGGCCACAAGCGACAACAAGAACAUCAAGCACUGGAAAUUCACGACCUCGACGUACUCAAUUAUCUACAACACAUUCCUAAUAUGUACAAUAGUGGCGCUAAGUUCCAUCAUAUUCCACCAAGAAUUGAAGUUGAAUUUGAAAUUGGAUCAUUUCAAGGUAACGGUGUUAUACAUGACGGAGCACGUACGUUUCGCCCUGGCGAGUAUCAUUACGCUGUUGAUUUACUCUUUCAAUCAAAAGAAGAUCAUAAAGGUGUUGAGCAGCGCAAACGACAUAAGAUACCUCGCCAACGCUAUGAAUGAGCCAAACGGCGAAAUUUUGUCCGUAAAAAACGCCACGACGCUUUUCCUGAUCUACGCGCUGUUUUGUUGUUUGAUUUUCACAACGUGGCCCUUUCGAAGCGCAGCCCAAAUUUGUUACUUGGUACGGGAGUUCGUGUGCUACUCCAUAAAUUGCUCCCUUCUCAUACAGUACUCGAUAAUACUGUUAUUGUUGCGGCAGUACUUUCAAUUCGUCAACAACAGCUUGUCGGAUAUGGUAGAAGAGGCAAGACUGAAGGUAACGAUUGCUCGUAAAGGCAGCAAUACCAUGGAAGCGAAGAAAAAAUUGUCGGACCUGCGUUUGCUGCACUCAUCGCUCAGACAAGUGUCGCGGGAGGUAUCGAGUUUUUAUUCCCUGCCUAUGCUGCUCAACUCGAUCAAUAUCUUCUUCAUCGUUAUUUUCAAUAUAUUUUACGCCCUCGAGGUUUCCAUCCUCACCAAGUACGAUUCCGCCGUGUACGACAUCAUUUACUCCGUUCUCCAUGUCAUUUUGUACGUCAUCUUGUUGAUAGUGCUGACCACCAAUGUUUCAAAUACCAUGAGCGAGAGCAGAAAAACAGGACAGGUUGUCAGCGAUUACUUGCAAGUUACUGAAAAUCCGGAAAUCGUUGAUAGGUUGUACAAGUUCAGCAAUUACUUGGAUAGUGGUAAAACGGAGUUUACCGUGUACAACUUGUUUUCACUCGACGAAUCUCUGCUAGUAUCGAUGACCAGUACGACGGUGACGUAUUUCAUCAUAGUUACCCAGUUCCAAAACUGGAGUAGGCAAUAG